UUCAAAUUAGAAAAUGGAGAAGACCGCUAAUAUUGGAGCAAACUUAUUUUACCAAUUGCCAAAAUUUGAGGAGGAAACCGUCCUUGUGGAAUGUGUAGGCCACAAGGACUUCCUCCUAUUCUUCAAAAAGAUGUACAAUAUCCUUGUCACAGACUACAGGCUGAUUAUUACAGAUAGCAGCACAAAUCAUGAGCAGAGGACUAUAGCGCUUGGAAUGCUAGAAGGCAUCACCAAGUCUAGACAGUCUGACUACGUCGUCCUCCACUGUGGAGGGGAAGAAGACGAAAUCAUGGAAAUCCAGAGGAAGGACAUCCUCAUUGAUAUGGUCAAGAGAGUAUUUUCCACUCUAACUAAAUAAAAACUUGCCCAUAUUUGUAUCAGUUAAAAAGAAGUUAGACGAGUAUGUGACUUCUCAAGAAGAAGCAGAGCAAGGGAUCAGCCGGAUGCCUGACAUCAGCCUUCGUGACAAGACAGAGAGGCUUGUCCACAACUCUUCCUCAGAUGAGGAGGAGGACGCAGACAAAGAGAACGAAAGUGACCCAACUGAUGACUUUGUCAUCAAGAGGACCGAGCCACAGCAGAAGAAGGAGAAGGCCCGCAUGGUCGAUAUUUAUAACAAAUCUGACCUCAUUGAUUAUGAGCAGAAGGGAAUGACGUCUUCUGGACUCUCAGAGACUAUUUUCAGCCGGAAGAAGAAGGAAAAAGCACCCAAGGGAAAGUCAUAUAGGGAAGAAAAUCGAAAAUUCAGAUACCAGGAUGAAGAAAAGAAAAGUAAGAUUGAGGAAACUGUGGGCUUAGAAGUCCUAAAUGAGGAAAACUCAGAGCUUUCUUUUGAGUCUCUUGAUGACUAUGACGACUGUGCUAAUAAAGAACCUAAGCUUGAAGACUUCAAAAUCAUUAAAGUCUUGGAUAAAGGAUCUUUCGGGAAGGUCUUUUUGGUUGAAAAUAAGCUCAACGGAAGAUUUUACGCAAUGAAGAGAAUCAGAAAAGACGUGCUUAUUGAGAAGAAGCAGAUUGAAAAUACCCAAAAUGAGAAGAAGAUCUUGUUAGACCUCGAACAUCCUUUCCUUCUAGGUAUGAGUUAUGUCAUCCAGAACGACCUUAGAAUUUAUUUCUUCCUCGAUUUUAUUGAGGGAGGAAAUCUUUAUCAGAAUAUGUUCAAGGUAAAGAGGUUCAAAGAGCACCAAGUGAAGUUCUUUGCAGCCCAAUUGGUUCUGGCAUUCUCUUUCUUGCAUGACCAUGGAAUUGUUCACAGAGAUUUAAAACCAGAGAAUGUUCUGUUAGGAGCUGACGGUUAUUUAAAACUUGCUGAUUUUGGGCUUGCUAAACCUUUACCGAAAGAAAACCCAUUCACUUAUAGCUUCUGAGGAACUACAGAAUAUCUAGCACCAGAGAUUAUUAAAGAGCAAGGGCAUAGCUUCACAGUCGAUUGGUGGACACUUGGAAUUCUCGUUUAUGAACUUAGGACAGGUAGAACUCCCUUCUUGCAUAAAUAAUACUCACCAGACAACGAAAUUGAUUAAAAAUGGGCGGAUAAUUUUCCCAGAUCCGGUGAAGCAUAAGAUUGAUAUGUCUGAAGAGUUCAAAGACUUCAUUACAAAGCUUCUGCACAAGAAGCCAAGUAGGAGGCUUGGACAUAACUCAUCAAAGGAUGUUCUAAACCACCCUUGGUUCAAGGACAUUGACUGGGAAAAAUUGAAGAAUAAACAGAUUAAGUCCCCUUACAUGCCUGAGAUUAAGGAAAAGAACCUUAAAUCUCACAUUCUCGGAGGAAUCUCAUCUUCCUUAGGGUUUAACAAGAAGAGAAGGGAUGAACAAGGAGAUGUCAGCGAGACCAGCCUUGCCCCUAGCAAGCUUGACUUAGUUAUGAAAAAUAAACAUAAAUUUGAUGAUUUCUAAAGUAAAAAUUUCAAUUAGCU